AUGUCUACAUAUAACGAUUCCGUCGGAGAAGUCGACAUCGUCUUUGCGGGUGGUGGUACGGCAGCUUGUGUUGCCGCUGGUCGUUUGGCAAAGGCAAAUCCGGAUCUCAAGAUUCUGUUAGUGGAAGGCGGGAAGAACAAUUUCAAUGAUCCGACAGUUACGAAUCCGGCGGUUUAUUUGAGUCAUUUGGCUCCUGAUUCGAAGACUGCUUUGUUCUACAAAUCCAAACAAUCCAAACACCUCAAUAACAGAGAAGCAAUCGUCCCCAUGGGCGGCAUUCUCGGUGGUGGUUCCUCCAUAAACUUCAUGAUGUACACUCGUGCCCAAGGAGCUGAUUUCGACGCUUGGAAUACCCCUGGCUGGUCAGCGAAAGAGAUGCUUCCACAUCUAAAUAGGCUGGAAACAUAUCAUCCUACUGGUAAAGAUAUUGAUCAGAGUCGACAUGGUCACGAUGGUCCUAUCAAUGUUGGUGAUGGCGGGUAUAGAGGAAAGAGUGAGAAUCAGUUUAUGGAUACCGUGAAGAGUAUGGGUUAUAAGGAUAUCACGGAUUUGCAGGAUUUGGAUGCUAUUGGUGGAUUCUCGAGGUGGCAUAGAUAUGUUGGUCCAGAUGGAAAGAGACAGGAUGCUGCUCAUCGAUAUGUGCAUCCUCUUCUUCAAUCUGGCGACUACCCCAAUCUUCAUAUUCUCACGGAGACAAAAGUCAUCAGAGUACUCUUUGAUGAGUCUUCACCACCAAAGGCUAUUGGUAUCGAGUACAAGCCAAAUGCUGACCAUCAACCUGAACUCGCUCUGUCAAAGCCAGUCCACAAGACCAUCAAGGCUAGCAAGCUCGUUGUGGUUUCUGCCGGUGCCUUAGGAUCUCCUCAAAUUCUGGAGAGAUCCGGUGUUGGUAAUCCUGAGAUCUUAAAGAAGUUGGAUAUCCCAGUCGUGUCUGAGCUUCCUGGUGUUGGCGAAGAGUACCAAGAUCAUCACCUCCUUCUUUAUCCAUACAAAACCAACCUUGACGAGGGUGAGACCUUGGAUGGUAUCUUGAGUGGACGCAAAGACUUUGCGAAGGCUUUGGAAGCGAAGGAUCCUAUGCUCGGAUGGAACGGAAUUGACAUCUGCGCCAAACUCAGACCUACAGAUGCCGAGAUCAAUUCUCUCGGAGCAAACUUCCAAGAGGAUUGGGAUCGUGAUUUCAAGCCAUUCCCAACCAGACCAUUGAUGCUCUGUGGUGUCGUCAACGCUUUCCUAGCAGAUCCAUCGCUUGUUGAGCCAGGCCAAUACAUGACCAUGGGAACCUACACCGCAUACCCAUAUUCUCGAGGAUCAAUCCACAUCACCUCCAAAGAAGACGUCAUCAACGGCUACGACUUCGACGCUGGCUUCCUCAAUCAUCCAUCAGAUAUCAAGAAGCAACUCUGGGCAUAUAAGAUGUCCCGAGAAAUCACACGUCGUCUUCCAUAUUACAAAGGCGAACUCGAACUCGGACACCCGAAAUUCAAAGAUGGCAGUGCCGCUGCUAUCUCUGAAUCUGCUAGCGCAGUCGACAUCAAUGCCCCAAAUAUCGAAUACAGCAAAGAGGAUGAUGAAGCUAUCAUGGACUGGGUCCGUGAUAACCUGAAUACGACAUGGCAUUCUCUUGGCACGUGUGCCAUGAGGGAAAGAGAGAAGGGUGGUGUUUUGGAUGGCGAUUUGAAUGUAUAUGGUACUCAGGGCUUGAAGGUUGCGGAUUUGAGUAUGGUUCCCGAGAAUGUGGGCGCGAAUACUAAUAAUACUGCGUUGGUGGUGGGUGAGAAGGCUGCGACUAUUAUUGGGAGAGAGUUGGGGAUUGAGGUUUAG